AUGAUAUCUCCCGACUUAUCCCCAAUUGAGCACGUGUGGGAUAUGAUGGGUAGGAGAUUUCUCAAUUUGCAACGUCCUCCUCAGACUCUAGAAGCACUUCGAGAGGAGUUGGUGGUUGCCUGGAAUGAGAUACCACAGGAGGUCAUUGACCACCUGAUCAGAAGCAUGCCUAGGCGCGUUGGAGAAUGCGUAGCACAUCAGGAAGAACAAGUUACGAUACAAACUUUAUGGUCUCGAUUAAGAGAUAGGGCAUUAUUUGAUGGUAGUGCCACGUCUUUAAGGCGGUUGCUUAGAGAUCUUGGAUUUAAGUGGCUUAAGGACAAUCCGCGACGAGGGCUCAUGGAACUACCAAGUAUAGCUUUGAAAAGGGUGGAAUUUCUAAGGCAAUACAAUCAAGCCAAGGUUGAGGCCUUAUACCAGUUUAUAUUUCAAAAUGGGACCAUAGGUCGCUCUUGGCAAAAUGGAAACCAAAAAAGCGUGAAAGCUAUUAAAACAGAUGGUAAAAGAUACAUUAUAUUACAUGCUGGAAAUGAAAAUGGGUUUAUUGAGGGUAGUGAAGCGAUAUUUUCUUCGGAAACAAAAUUGAGCGAUUACCAUGGAGAGAUGAACCAGGACAAUUUUUUGAAAUGGUUUCAACAUCAGUUAUUAGAAAAAUUGGAGAGUCCAUCUAUGAUUAUACUGGAUAACGCCCCUUAUCACAGCAUGAUAUUGAACAAAGUGCCCAACAAUGCAUGGACAAAAAAAAUAUCCAAGACUGAGCUAUUGAGUAUUGUUGCUCGAAACAAACCACCUAAAAUAUACGUGAUUGAUGAAUUGGCGGAACAACAUGGGCACAAAGUUCUUCGUCUGCCUCCUUACCAUUGUAUAUUUAACCCUAUUGAGUUAAUUUGGGGCAUAGCAAAAGGUUACUAUAACAGACAUAUUGGUAGAGAUGGUAACAGUGAAAAAGACUGUUUGGAUAUGUGGAACGAGGCUCUACAAACGGUUACCCCAGACAUGUGGAAAAAUAGUGUUCGACAUACUGAGCAAGAAAUUUUUAAAUGGUAUGAAAGAGAACGAAUUUUUGAUCGACCAGACAUCGAACCUUUAAUAAUCAACUUUGAGAGUGAUGAAGAUUCAGAUUCAGACAGCGCUGAAGAAAGAAACUCCGACUAA